CGUGAUCUCAAUGGACCUCACAUGCUGGAGGCGUCUUUUAGACUUCUGCUUCAAAACAGACAAAGUGUAUACCAAAGUCAAGUUUCAUGGAUCCAAUUAAACUUAUAAAAUUAUUUUUUGUUCUGACCCCAAGUCAAUUUAUCGUUCGUUUUUUAUAAUCAAAUGCUUCCUCUGUAGCAGUACUCUAAUCUACUCAAGCACAUUUCCUCUCUCAAGUAGUCAGCAUGGGACCUGCUUUCAGCCUCCGUAGUGUUAUCUCAGGAGGAAUAAACAGUCUCCUAUUUCUCUCCUUCCUUUGUUGCCUUAGCCCUUGCAAGGGAGCCAAUCCUGUUUACCUCUACACCGUCUGUCCAAAUACUACCACUUACCCUUCUAAUGGCACGUACCAAAACAACCUCAACCUUCUCCUCUCUUCCCUCUCCUCUAACGCUACACCCACCAACCACGGUUUUUACAACACCACCGCUGGUCGGGGUUCCAAUACUGUAUACGGCCUCUUUCUCUGCAGAGGCGAUGUCACCGACGACCUCUGCCGUGAAUGUGUCAAAUCCGCCGCUCAAACUAUCACCCAGCGGUGCCCCAACGGGAAAGUCGCAAUUACUUGGUACGACGAGUGUCUGUUACGUUAUUCCAACCAAUCAUUCUUCUCUAUCAUGGAUGAGACACCAUCGUUCUCUAUGUACAAUACACAGAACAACUCGGACCCUCGGCAGUUCAAUCAGCUGGUAGGGGAUAAGCUUGGCGAGCUUGCAACUACGGUGGCCUCUUCUGCUAGCAAGUAUGCCACUUUAGAGGCCAACUAUACGAGUUUCCAAUCGUUGUAUUGCCUUGCUCAGUGCACGCCGGAUUUAUCAGGGAGCAGCUGCAACCAAUGUCUUAGAGGUGCCAUCUCCCAUCUCCCAGUUUGUUGCAGUGGAGCGGUAGGGGCAAGGGCUGUUCGGCCGAGCUGUAAUGUCAGGUACGAGGUGUAUCCUUUCUACCGGAUCACUGCUUCGGUGCCUGCCCCGUCACCUCUUCCUCUUUCCACUCCGCCUACGAGUAAUACAACUACGGCUUCAGGAAAAGGGAAAAAAACAUCAACUGGAACCAUUGUUGCUAUUGUUAUACCAGUCGUCAUCGCAGUGUUACUUUUAUCCACCUUUGGCUAUUGUUGGCUAAGUAAGAAGACGCGGAAGAAAAUCACUGUUGGAACUGAAACCAAAGGUGUCGAGUCACUGCAAUUCAACUUCAGUACAGUUGCUGCAGCAACAAACAACUUCUCUGAUGCUAAUAAGAUUGGUGAAGGUGGAUUUGGUAGCGUUUACAAGGGCAAAUUUCCCAACGGGCAAGAAAUUGCUGUGAAAAGGCUCUCUAAAAACUCUGGGCAAGGUGCAGUGGAAUUUAAGAAUGAAGCCAUGUUGGUUGCCAAGCUCCAACACAGGAAUCUCGUUAGGCUCUUGGGGUUUUGCUUGGAAGGAGAAGAGAAGAUACUCAUCUAUGAGUAUGUUGUCAAUAAAAGCCUCGACCACUUCCUAUUCGAUCCUGAUGAACAUUCACGCUUGGAUUGGCCAAUCCGUUACAAGAUCAUAGAAGGGACUGCUCGAGGGCUUCUUUAUCUUCAUGAAGAUUCUCGGCUGAAGAUUAUUCAUCGCGAUCUUAAAGUUAGUAAUGUCUUGUUAGAUGGCGAUCUGAAUCCCAAAAUAUCUGAUUUUGGGAUGGCAAGAAUUUUUCAAGUAGACCAAAGUGAAGCAAAUACAAACAGAAUAGUUGGAACAUAUGGUUACAUGUCUCCCGAGUAUGCAAUGCAUGGACAAUUCUCAGUCAAAUCAGAUGUGUUUAGUUUUGGUGUGUUACUUUUGGAGAUUGUCACCGGGAAGAAGAACAGUUCGUUCUUUCAGUCAGACUAUGCGGAGGAUCUUCUAAGCUAUGUGUGGAAACAUUGGAACGAAGGAACAGCAUUGGAGUUGGUUGAUCCAAUUUUGGGGGAAGCUUAUUCGAGAGACGAGGUGAUGAAAUGUAUUCAUAUUGGGUUGCUGUGUACUCAAGAUGAUGUAGCAGAUAGACCCACCAUGGCGACGGUGGUGCUCAUGCUCAACAGCAAUUCCGUCACUCUUGCAGUUCCUUCACGGCCAGCAGUUUAUGCUAGCAGUAAAAUGUUUUCAGGCGUGAUUACAGGAGGUGAAUCUGAAGGGAAGGCAACUGAAUCGGAUCAAUCCGCGACUAAGUCAAUGCCGUGGUCUGUCAAUGAAGUGUCAAUUACUGAAUUGCAGCCUAGGUAGAUAUUACCGUUUGUGUCGCCUGGACUGGUGGGGUUUAAUUAAUUUAAGGUGUUUCUUUUGGGGCCUGCUACCUACUACCUACUUGAAGAAAUAAAUUGGCCUUCAAAAGUGUAGAAGCAAAUUAAUUUGUAUAUGGAAGAAAUUUGAACAAACCUACUGGCAGUUCCCAACUGAAUUAUAUUAUGCUUUAGGAGUGUGUUAUGUUUUUGUCAUAUCAAUUUUCUGCUGAUUCUUCAUAGUAGACAAAGAGGACGGCAGCAUUUUUA